GGGCGGCGGCGCCUGCCGAGGGCAAGGUGGUGUGCAGCAGCCUGGAGCUCGCGCAGGUCCUGCCCCCCGACACGCUGCCCAACCGCACGGUCACCCUGAUUCUGAGUAACAAUAAAAUAUCCGAGUUGAAGAAUGGCUCGUUUUCUGGGUUAAGUCUCCUUGAAAGAUUGGACCUCCGAAACAACCUUAUUAGUAGCAUCGAUCCAGGUGCCUUUUGGGGACUGUCGUCACUAAAAAGAUUGGAUCUGACAAACAAUCGAAUAGGCUGUCUGAAUGCAGACAUAUUUCGAGGACUCACAAACCUGGUUCGGCUAAACCUUUCAGGGAAUUUGUUUUCUUCAUUAUCUCAAGGAACGUUUGAUUACCUUGGCUCCUUACGUUCUUUAGAAUUUCAGACGGAGUACCUUUUGUGCGAUUGUAACAUAUUGUGGAUGCAUCGCUGGGUAAAGGAGCGGAACAUCACUGUGCGAGACACAAGAUGUGUUUAUCCGAAAUCCCUGCAGGCCCAGCCCGUGACAGGUGUGAAGCAGGAGCUGCUGACCUGCGAUCCUCCCCUUGAAUUGCCAUCUUUCUACAUGACUCCAUCUCAUCGUCAAGUUGUGUUUGAGGGAGACAGCCUUCCCUUCCAGUGCAUGGCUUCAUAUAUUGACCAGGAUAUGCAAGUGUUAUGGUAUCAGGAUGGGCGAAUAGUUGAAACUGAUGAAUCGCAAGGUAUCUUUGUUGAAAAGAACAUGAUUCACAACUGCUCGCUGAUUGCAAGUGCCCUAACCAUUUCUAAUAUUCAGGCUGGAUCAACCGGAAAUUGGGGCUGUCACGUCCAGACCAAACGUGGGAACAAUACGAGGACUGUCGACAUCGUGGUCCUAGAAAGUUCAGCCCAGUAUUGUCCUCCCGAGAGAGUGGUGAACAAUAAAGGGGAUUUCAGAUGGCCCAGGACGCUGGCAGGCAUCACUGCUUAUUUGCAGUGCGCUCGGAACUCCCACGGCACCGGGAUCUACCCGGGAAAUGCACAGGACGAGAGAAAAGCCUGGCGCAGGUGUGAUCGAGGCGGCUUGUGGGCCGACGACGACUAUUCUCGCUGCCAGUACGCAAACGACGUCACUAGAGUUCUUUACAUGUUUAAUCAGAUGCCGCUCAAUCUCACCAACGCUGUGGCUACGGCCCGACAGUUGCUGGCUUAUACCGUGGAGGCGGCCAACUUCUCUGACAAGAUGGAUGUCAUCUUUGUGGCUGAAAUGAUAGAAAAAUUUGGAAGAUUUACUAAAGAGGAAAAGUCAAAAGAGCUGGGUGACGUGAUGGUCGACAUUGCAAGUAACAUCAUGCUGGCUGAUGAGCGUGUCCUGUGGCUGGCGCAGAGGGAGGCGAAGGCCUGCAGCAGGAUCGUGCAGUGUCUCCAACGUGUCGCCACCUACCGGCUGGCGAAUGGGGCUCAUGUUUAUUCAACAAACUCCCCCAACAUUGCGCUGGAAGCGUACGUCAUCAAGGCUGCUGGCUUCACGGGGAUGACAUGCACCGUGUUCCAGAAAGUGGCCGCCUCUGACCGCUCGGGGCUUUCUGACUAUGGGAGGCGGGACCCGGAUGGAAACCUCGACAAGCAGCUGAGUUUUAAGUGCAAUGUUUCAAACACAUUUUCAAGUCUGGCACUAAAGAAUACAAUUGUGGAGGCUUCCAUUCAGCUACCGCCUUCUCUUUUCUCACCCAAGCAAAAAAGAGAGGUCAGACCCACCGAUGACUCUGUCUACAAGCUUCAACUCAUCGCGUUCCGCAACGGAAAGCUGUUCCCAGCCACCGGGAAUUCCACGCACCUGGCUGAUGAUGGCAAGCGGCGCACGGUGGUUACUCCCGUGAUCCUCGCCAAGAUCGAUGGUGUGAAUGUGGACACCCGGCACAUCCCGGUUAACGUGACGCUGCGUCGGAUCGCACACGGAGCGGAUGGUGUGGCCGCCCAGUGGGAUUUCGACCUGCUGAACGGACAAGGAGGUUGGAAGUCUGACGGGUGCCAUAUCCUCUACUCGGACGCGAACAUCACGGCCAUUCAGUGCUAUUCGCUCAGUAACUACGCGCUCCUGAUGGAUUUGACAGGGUCCGAGCUGUACACCCAGGCGGCCAGCCUCCUGCACCCUGUGGUCUACACAACGGCCAUCAUUCUGCUCCUGUGCCUCCUCGCCGUCAUCGUCAGCUAUGCCUACCAUCACAGUUUGAUUCGAGUCAGUGUCAAGAGCUGGCACAUGCUUGUGAACUUGUGCUUUCAUAUUCUCCUGACCUGUGUGGUCUUUGUGGGAGGAAUAACCCAAACCCGGAAUGCCAGUGUCUGCCAGGCGGUUGGAAUCAUUCUUCAUUACUCCACCCUUGCGACGGUACUGUGGGUGGGAGUGACAGCUCGAAAUAUCUAUAAACAAGUCACUAAAAAGGCUAAGAGAUGCCAGGACCCGGAUGAACUGCCGCCCCCACCAAGACCAAUGCUCAGGUUUUACCUGAUCGGGGGCGGUAUCCCCAUCAUUGUCUGUGGCAUAACAGCGGCAGCAAACAUCAAGAACUACGGCAGCCGGCCGAGCGCGCCCUAUUGCUGGAUGGCGUGGGAGCCCUCCUUGGGGGCCUUCUACGGCCCUGCCAGCUUCAUCACUUUUGUGAACUGUAUGUACUUCCUGAGCAUCUUCAUCCAGCUGAAGAGACACCCUGAGCGCAAGUACGAGCUGAAGGAGCCCACCGAGGAGCAGCAGAGGCUGGCGGCCAACGAGAACGGCGAAGUGAAUCACCAGGACGCCAUGUCUCUGUCUCUGAUCUCCACGUCGGCGUUGGAGAACGAGCAUACGUUCCACGCUCAGCUUUUGGGGGUGGGCCUCACCUUGCUCUUCUAUGUGGCUCUGUGGACGUGUGGGGCCCUGGCGGUCUCCUUGCACUACCCUCUGGACUUGGUUUUUAGCUUCUUUUUUGGAGCCACCUGUUUAAGCCUCAGUGCCUUCAUCGUGGUCCACCACUGUGUCAACAGGGAGGACGUGAGGCUGGCCUGGAUCAUGACGUGCUGCCCAGGCCGGAGCUCAUACUCCGUGCAAGUGAACGUGCAGCCCCCCAACUCCGGCGGGACUAACGGAGAGGCACCCAAGUGCACCAACAGCAGCGCAGAAUCUUCCUGCACGAACAAGAGCGCGUCCAGCUUCAAAAACUCCUCCCAGGGCUGCAAACUGACCAACCUGCAGGCGGCGGCCGCCCAGUGCCACGCCAACGCCCUCCCGGUGAGCCCUGCGCCCCAGCUUGACAACAGCCUGACGGAGCACUCUGUGGACAACGACAUCAAGAUGCACGUGGCGCCUCUGGAGGUUCAGUUUCGAGCAAAUGUGCACCCCGGCCGCCAUCAUAAAAACAGAAGCAAGGGCCACCGGGCCAGCAGACUCACGGUGCUGAGGGAAUACGCCUACGACAUCCCCACCAGCGUGGAGGGCAGCGUGCAGAACGGCGUGCCCAGGGGCCGGCCGGGCAACGGCGAGGGCCACUCGCGGAGCCGCAGGGCUUAUCUCGCCCACAGGGAGAGGCAGUACAACCCGCCCCAACAGGACAGCAGCGAUGCCUGCAGCACACUGCCCAAGAGCAGCAGAAACUUUGAAAAGCCAGUUUCAACCAGUAGUAAGAAAGAGGCACCAAGGAAGCCAGCUGCCGUUGAACUGGAAAGUCAGCAGAAGUCUUACGGCCUCAACUUGGCCAUUCAGAAUGGACCGAUCAAAAGCGGUGGGCAGGAUGGAGCCUUGCUGGAGCCCGACGGCACUGGCAACGUGAGGACUGGGUUAUGGAAACAUGAAACUACUGUGUAGGCUGCGGGCGGCGAGGAAGGAACCCACAAACUGUGAUAGGCACAUUCCUUAACUAUGAACACGAGCAGACAAACCGUUUACAGCCCCCUCCCCACAUUGAAAGCAUUUUUGAAUAAACGACUAAGUUUUGGAUGUUACGUAUUUUCUCGCCUCCGCCCCCUCCCCCAUUGUCGCUUUUGUAAUGAAUUUUCAAAAAAACCUUUCAAGCGUUGUUCUAGUGGUUAGCCAGCGAGACAUUUUGGGAAUCUGAAAUGUAAUUUUGCAGAGUCUUUAAUACCUACUCGACAUUUCAGGCUUGUAUUUAAUACAAUAAAUAAUAGAUGUUUGUCCUGGUAUCAAGCUUACAUUUUUAUAUUUUACUAUAGAAGCCUUGA